GCUUAAUGGACGGGGUGCGUUCGAGGAUGUUACCCGAGAGCCUAGGGGGCGGUGCUUAAGGGCUACGCUCCACACGGUCGGUGAGAAAAGACCGUGUGGAAAGGAGCGACACACAAGUGUGUGUCUUUUACGGCAAUUAUAUCCCAAAAAAAUCAUCUCGGUGCUUCUUGCAUUUAGUUGACAUUCAGGACUGCGAUAGCGGCGACACUAUCACCAAACAUGGCACAUUUAACGAAGAACCCCGCCGAUAAGGAGCGGUUCAUCUGCGUUUAUCCCGUCUACAUCAACAGUAAGAAGACACUCGCUGAAGGACGAAGAAUCCCUGCUGCGAAGGCAGUGGAGAACCCUUCAUGCGCCGAGAUUCGUGAUGUCCUGACAGCUGCCGGCGUAAACGUCCUGGUGGAGAACAAAAUGCAUCCCAGAGAGUGGAACCGUGACCUGCAAUUCAAAGGUCGAGUCCGAGUUCAGCUGAAACAGGAGGAUGGCACCUUGUGUCACAAUAGGUUCUCAUCGCGUAAGGAUGUGAUGUUGUACGUGUCCGAGAUGAUUCCCAAGCUGAAGAGUCGUACGCAGAAGGGCGGCAGCGGCGACGGCGGCUCACAGCAGAGUGACGGAAAGAAGACAAAAAAGAAAAAGAAGUGAACUCUCGUCACAUUUCUACUCUUUACAUUUUUUUUUUUUUUUGGUCAAGAGCAGAUGGUUUACGUCCAGCCUCAAACAGCACAGACCACCUCUUUUUUUUUUUUUUUUUUUUUUUUUGAAGGUUUUGCUAGGCCUGCAAAAAAGGUGUAUGCCUUCCUGCCUCAGAACUUUGAUUUGCUUUUAAACAGAAAAAGCAAGCGUGUUGAUAAAUUUUUGUUGAGUGAAAAACAUGAACUGAAUAAACACUUUCUUUGGUUCAAAUCAAAAGUGUGGGG